UCGCUGACCACGAACAGAAUGCUGGGUCCCCGCCCCACCCCACCCCCCCCGGGCUAACCCUGCCUCCAGGGACGGGACACAGAGACCUCUUCCCUUCUCCAGCCUGUGACAAGCGCCUCGAGCCACAACCGUCCUGUCCUCCCUGUGUGUGCCCAGUUCUCGACGAGCGGCCCAAAACACGGCCUCACACCCCCUCGGCCCUUUGUCCCUGCUGGAGCCCAGAGCACCUGCGGGGUGGCCACCAAGGUCAGCCCCCACGCUCCUUGCGGACCUUCUCUGCAUGUUCUCCGUGCCUCCUCUCAGCUCUGCUCUCUGUCCCAAGAAAAUCCUCUCGCCUGGGGUUUUUCUGUACGUCCGCCGCAAUCUCGGCCGUGGCAUUAUUCUCCUCUGCAUCGUCACCAUCGUUUCAGCGGUUGGCGAAGGAAGAGCUAGGGCAUGCAGGCUCCAUGUGGGGGCCCCCGAGAAGGUUUCCCGUGCUGCAACGCUGGACCUUACGGGACGACCUGAUGAGGCGAAACCUUGAAACUGGGGCUAUUGGGGAUAAUGGAGGGAUCUGGCGACUGGGCUAAGUCGGUGGUGAGAGGGGUCCAAGCUGUUCAGGGCUGUAGAGGAAGGGAGCCCUCCCUGGAGGUUUCUCAAGACUUCUGUGACCUUUAUCACCAGCAAGAAUUAAUGUUUAACCAGCACAGCAGGCUGAACAAGCAAGGACAGGGAACCUGUGGAUUUCAAGCUACACGGAGUGAUCUGUCCCAGAGCCAGCGGGUCUCAUGAAGAAUAAGCCCAGAAGGAAGUAGGAUUCUCAGCAAGUCCUGCCCCUGGCGGAGCCCACGCACCAUGAACUCAAGCGAAUUCCGGAGGAGAGGAAAGGAGAUGACGGACUUCGUGGCGGACUACUUGGACGGCAUCGAGGGACGCCAGGUCUACCCCGACGUGCAGCCUGGCUACCUUCGGUCACUGGUCCCCUCUACUGCCCCUGAGGAGCCAGACGCGUUUGAGGACAUCAUCAAUGACGUUGAGAGGAUAAUCAUGCCAGGGGUGACGCACUGGCACAGCCCCUACUUCUUUGCCUACUUCCCCUCGGCCAACUCGUACCCGGCCGUGCUCGCGGACAUGCUGUGCGGGGCCAUCGGCUGCAUCGGCUUCUCCUGGGCCGCGAGUCCGGCGUGCACAGAGCUGGAGACGGUGAUGAUGGACUGGCUGGGGAAGAUGCUGAAGCUGCCAGAGGCAUUUUUGGCCGGGGAAGCAGGCGAAGGGGGUGGAGUGAUCCAGGGAAGUGCCAGUGAGGCCACUCUGAUGGCCCUGCUGGCCGCUCGAACCAAAGCGACCCGCCGCCUGCAGGCCGCCUCCCCCGGGCUGACGCAGGGCGCCAUCAUGGAAAAGCUAGUGGCUUACUCAUCGGAUCAGGCACACUCCUCAGUGGAAAGAGCCGGAUUAAUUGGAGGAGUGAAAAUGAAAGCCAUCCCUUCUGAUGGCAAGUUUGCUAUGCGUGGUUCUGCCCUGCAGGAAGCUAUGGAGAGAGACAAGGCAGAGGGCCUGAUUCCUUUCUUUGUGGUGGCUACGCUGGGGACCACGUCCUGCUGCUCAUUCGACAGUCUCUUAGAAGUGGGUCCGAUCUGUAACAAGGAGGACAUGUGGCUGCACAUCGACGCUGCUUACGCGGGCAGCUCCUUCAUCUGCCCUGAGUUCCGGCAUCUUCUGAACGGAGUCGAGUUUGCAGACUCAUUUAACUUCAAUCCGCACAAAUGGCUGCUGGUGAAUUUCGACUGCUCUGCCAUGUGGGUGAAAAAGAGGGCAGACCUAAUCGGAGCCUUUAAGCUGGACCCUGUCUACUUAAAGCACAGCCAUCAGGACUCAGGGCUUAUCACCGACUAUCGGCACUGGCAGUUGCCGCUGGGCCGAAGGUUUCGCUCUCUGAAGAUGUGGUUUGUUUUUAGGAUGUACGGCGUCAAGGGACUGCAGGCUUACAUCCGCAAGCACGUCCAGCUGGCCCACGAGUUUGAACAUCUGCUACACCAGGACCCUCGCUUUGAAAUCUGUGCGGAGGUCACUCUGGGGCUGGUCUGUUUUCGGCUCAAGGGUUCCAACAAGCUGAAUGAAGCUCUUCUGGAAAGAAUAAACGGCACCAAAAAAAUCCACUUGGUUCCAUGUCACCUGAGGGACAAGUUCGUGCUUCGUUUUGCCAUCUGCUCCCGCACCGUGGAAUCUGCACACGUGCGGCUGGCCUGGGAGCACAUCAGCCAGCUGGCCAGCGACCUGCUGGGUGCAGAGAAGGAAUAGAAGCCCGGCCCCAGUUGAAAAGAAAUAUAUCUGAACACCGUGGAAGAGAAUAGAAGCAUGCUAGCUCCGUGGACCCACACCCACCUGUGGCCUCAUGUUUCCUUCUCUGAAGUUCUCCAGAGCCUUGUGUUUCUGUCUGCUCACCAUCUAAUCAAGGAAGAAAUAUUAUUUGCUAUGUGAAAAGUUAAUCCAGUGGAUGUAGCUUUUGUUCAUUAUUUGGCUGUGACUUUUGUUGAUUCAAAAAUCAUAGGUUUUCAUGCUCUUGAAAAUGUCAGUGGUACGGGGCGCCUGGGUGGCGCAUUCGCUUAAGCGUCCGACUUCAGCCAGGUCACGAUCUCACGGUCCGUGAGUUUGAGCCCCGCGUCAGGCUCUGGGCUGAUGGCUCAGAGCCUGGAGCCUGCUUCC